CGACCAACAACCAACCAAUACACACAACACGAUGCGAAUUCGACGGCGAGGCCGAUCCAAGGACAGCUCCAACAGCCACGACGACAAUAGAGGAGGGAUAAUGCGACCUCCCUUUCUACUUCACAGAGAGCACCGCACGCAGCGAUCACAGAAUUUUACUGAUACACAACACCAUCGAGGUUAUCAUUCGGAUGGAGCCCCCCAAAAUGGUGCAAAUGACAACAACGUCCAGACCCGUUUCCCCAGGUUUCGAGGGGGGCGGAGGCCGAAAACUCCAAGUCAAACAACGACGACGAAUCGCCACAACAACAAUCAUUCCAAAGUUGGCAGCAGUAUAUACAGCGACGACGGAUGCAGCCUAGAUAGUUUUGUUAGUACCAAUGAUAGAUAUUAUGGUACUAGCAUCGGCACGAGUGGUGUCGAGUCGGAUCCCUACGAAUUCGUGGAAUUCGAGCAAAAUCGAGGACGAGCCACAUCGGGUCGCCAAAGGCGAAAAAAGAAGAACAGCCUUCGCAGUCGUUCAAGCAACCGCGGCGACGACAGCAUCGACCCCUUCGAUUCUGAUAACGGAAGCAUCGGUGAUCCUCAUGCCACAUCCCAACCCGCCUCUCCGUUCGAAGAAAACAGGCGAGAUUCCUACAAAAACAACUACAAGAACCGAGCCCAUGCACUGUCCUACGGAGGAAGCUUUGAUUCCGACGACGAUGCUUUGUUCUUUGAAGAGAGCAACUGUGACCAGAGCCAUUAUUCCGAGAGCAGCGUCGGAGAGAGCCCAAAAUACGAGCCACAUCGAAAUAGUAGCAUGUCGAUUUCGAGAAGUCAGCACCUACAACUGAGCCAUACCCUUGAUGAUUACCGUGGCGAUCCAUAUAGCAGCGCUAUCACAAACAACUAUCACGAUGACGACAGUGAAUCUGAUUCCGAUGUGUCGUUCCGAAGAAACCGCCGGCACAAUAAUUCCUUGCGCCGACAUAGCAGUCCCCGGUCAACCCCCGACAUGGUGGACAUGAACCAACGAUUUCUGGAACACAUGGCGAAGCGGCCGUCCAAUGAAGGCAGCAAACGUAUCCGCAAGGGCGAGGGCAUUGAAGACAAGUUGUUUCGAGUCGUUCCUGACUACGCCUAUAGAACUACCACUCCCUACAUGACCCGCAAACAAUUGCGGGCCGAAACCAACUCCAAAUCGGCUUUCUACCACGACGUACGGCUGUACAAGGAAGCCUCUCAAUCCAAAACGAGCAGCAAAAGCGGCAAGGACCGCCUGAAAAAUUUUGGAGAGCUGCGCGUAGAAAUACUGCAGUGCUAUGGCUUGCCCACCACCUCUCUGAUCAAGGAGGUCUCGGCGUACGCGGUGGCUGUGCACGAAGACGCGGCCUUUCAGACCGACAUGAUCCCUAACAUUGCGAAUCCUAUGUGGCUUUCAAAGAUGCGCAGGGCCUGCAUGUUCGGGGUGAGCACCAUGUAUUCUCAAUUGUACAUAGGGCUCUUCGAUCUAGAGCCUCUGAUCGCCGACCCGGAUGAUGUAGUCGGACACAUCGGCCAUCCGGGAUGGCUUCCACCCGAUCAAAGGGCACGUCGUGGGAGUUUUGGGUUUGGAGGCCGAGGAGAGGGAAGAAUGAGCUUCGGUGGAGGUGCCAAUGGAAAUCGCGAAGGCAGGGCAAAUUUUGGUGUCCGCGAAGGAAGGUUGAGUUUUGGUGGUGGCAGUAGGGAGAUGCAUUUGAGCAAUGUUGAUCAAGCGUCGGGGAGAAUCGGUCGCUCUGGCAGUAUCGGCAGUCGUAGGGGGUCCGGCAACGAAAGCAACAAGAACGAUACAGAUGCUGAGGACGACGACGAUUUGGAUGACACAAUAAAGUGCAACGACUAUUGUGCCAGGGCUGAAGACUUCAUUGGCCACGUGGUCAUUGAUGUGUGUAAAUUGCGCCCGGGAACUACGUACGACGUCACCCUUCCAUUACGCAGAAGCAAGCACGUCUUUUCGCGGGACCCGAGGGGGUCGGUCCGCGUACGGUUGCACCUUACAUGGAAUUCCGAGCGGUCCGCUGUGCUAUCAUAUCUACCCCGGGGCUUGCCGGGCGGAACAACCGGUAGUCAGCUGUCGAACAAACCGAACACACGAUUCACUAUCAAUUGCGUCGACGAUCGCGCUGCACGGAACGUCGCUCAUACCAUACACGGAGUCCACAUGCCUGGCAAGUUCGAUCCAGUGUUGGUAAAGGCAACCAUGAGGGAAAUUCACUGGACGAGGAUCCACCUUUUUCGGUAUCUACGCCAGAAACAGAUCUAUAAUCUCUGUAACUGGGUGUAUCCGAGCAUUUCCGGUUUUUGUUUUUUAGCGUGGAUGCAUGCGGUGUAUUACAACACAGUCCGGUACUUUCCCGGACACGUUGUGGUGUUUUUCCUUCUUCAUCUUAUCAAAAACUACUCCUAUUAUGCCAUGGAUUCGCCGCUUCAGAAUGGAUUCCUGGGACCUACACUUGAAGAACUCUACAUGGCACUAAUGCAUCCUCCACCGCUUAGAAAGCGUGGCAAAAAAGGGACGAACGGCUACAUCCACCCGCUCAACAUGCAACUGAAAGAAGAUGCUUGGGGCGCCACAGCAUCGGAUCACUUGCGAUCGUCGGCUAGCCGCAACAAUAGCAGCAAGAACAGUGACAAUAUGGACGAAUUGUAUGAUGAAAAUGGAGACCUCGUCAACGUAUCGAGGUUUUCACUGACGGAAAUUGCCAACGCAAUGCGAGAGAAAUUGAGAGUCCAGCCCUACCGCAAUGGUCUUACCAUCUUCCAACACUCCUUCCAGGGAGAGGACGCAGUGGAUUUUCUUGUAAACAAUGGCUAUGCCAAAACGAGGCCAGAAGCUGUUGGUCUGGGACGCCGGCUGGAAAGUGAGAAGGGAUUGUUCGCAGACGUCACCGGGGAGGCCCGUUUUGAGGACUCGACAUACGUUUAUGCCUUCCGGACUGGCUACGAGAACGAGCGUUUUGUGAUAAAAAAGAGCCACGUUCCGAGGGGCGGGCGAUUUCUGGAACUUCUAGGCUUUUACUCGCGCAGUGGCAAACAAACUGGAGAGCACCAUGUAGGAAACAAGAAAAAUGGCAAAAAUACUGAUGACAUUGCCGUCAUGGUGGGCGGAGCCGACAUUUUGGAAGCUCGUGAACACGUAGAGUUUCCGUUUGCGACGGGGGUCGAUCACCCAAGGUUCACCGUCAAGGAAUCACUUGUGAUCCAUUCCCCCGAAAAAAAAAGCAAGGUCGAAAAAGAAAAACAAGCAAGAGAUGUGCUCGAAUCGGCCGAGUUUGGAAUCAUCCCUACCUCCCUGGGAUCGAGCGCCAAUUCGAAUGACAACCAAAGAGCCAACAACGUUUCCGGGUACGAAUCCGAAACCGGGACGAAAAUGACAGGAAAUGCACGUAUAAGCUUGAAGAGAACCUCUUCGGGUCGGUUGUCAGACGGGUUUGUCAAUGGUGGAAAAAAGAUUACUGACAGCGCUCGUCGAGGUAGUAUGAUUGUCGGCGAAGCAGUCAAGACCGUAGCCACCGGGGUAGCCACAGGUGUCGUUGUAGGAGCGAAUGCGGUAGCCGAAGGACUGAUAUGGGGCAAUAGACAAGAUGCCAAUCCAAUAGCGAGCACCGGCUCUCUACUUGAGGUGGCCGUAUCGGAGGAAGAUAUAUACAAGAAAUUGAAGGACCAGAACAAUCUGGAACUCGAUCGACUGAUCGAGCUACAACGCAAAGCUGACGCGUACGACCCGUACCAAUACGAUAGCGACAACGACGUGGGAAAUAUCCAGAAAAAGAAGAGAAAAAAGCACGUCAUCUUCGAAAAACACUUGAAAGAGCCAAGGAACCAGGAGAUUGGAGGUAACAUUCAUGGGCAGCAACAAUCGGAUAUGUCCCUGGCAAGAGCUCUGGAUAGUUCUCGUCGGCAGCUCCAUCGAGCCUUUUAUCACAUGUUCGACGAUCAGGUCUACAAAAUCGACGAGAAUCUUUUUCCGACACAGUUAGACAAAGACGCAGGGAAGGAAAUGAAGAAGAAGAAAAAACGAAGACUCUUCAACCGUCGCGUCAGCAACGAAGAAAUGAAAUUGGAAGAAGAGCGCCAGAAAAGAAUGCAAAUGACUCCAUACGAAAAACAAAAAGAAGAGAUAGAUAAGGUCUUGCUUAUGUAAGUAUUAUUUCAGCGAUUGCUUGAAACAGGACUUGAAUCCCCCGUUUCUUUAUCGAAAUUUGGGCAAUGAUGAACUAAUUAAAGACAAUUUCCUCUUCGAUAUCGUUUCAUUUUCCGCCUCCCCCGUUCAAAAACAGCAACGAGCACUCGCAUUGGAAUCCGUGGAUGAAUCGGAUAGGAAUUGUAAUCCAACCUCUAUUGGAAAUGGCGCAGACAUUUUUGUUUGCUACCAGAGCCUCGUUCAAUGUCAUGACGUGGCAAGAUCCCGUCUUGUGUUUUUGGUUAUGCUUUGUGGGCCCACCCUUGGUACUCCUUCUCUAUAUUGCUCCCUACCGGUUGUUUGCCCUUGUCCUGGGUUUGUACUGGAUCGGUCCACAAAAUUAUUUAUUGCGCGUUUACCGAGAAACGAGACCGGGAUACCAACCACCCGACUUUGAUCUCGUGGUCAAGAAGAAAAAGAUCGAAAAGGCCGAAGACUUCCAGGAAAUGCAAUUCUUUUCGAGUGAUGCUCCUGGAAACCAGCAAAUUCGCUUCCAGAACAUAGAUCCAACCCACGUGAAGCAGAUUGUCGUUCCAUCGAACGUCCUGAUGUACAACCGGUUCUAUGACUGGCCUCCCGAACCUGAAUAUGCCCGGGUGUAUGCAUCGUCGGCACCCAAGAACCUUAUUGUUCCCGGGGUUGUCGUUGACGACCCUGACAAUGAUGGCUAUAGCACCGGCUACGAGAGCGGUGACAUAUCGGCCUUCAUCUUUGACCAGGCUGCCCGACUUAAUCCAGUCAUCAAGAAAAAGAAAAAGAAAGGAUUUCGAAAGGUCACGUCAAGGAUCAACAAGGGAACCCGCGGUUUUGUAAAAGAUACUGUGGCCGGUACUGAGAGGGUCGUCGGGAGCACCGCUGGUCUGACGAUUGACGCCGUAAGAGGGACAGCGAAGAUCACGACAAGCGUCGUUAAGGGGACGGGAAAACAAGCCAAGAGCGCGGCCAAGGGUACCGGAAACUUUCUUGGUUUGCGGAACCGCAAAAAGUCGAAGGCCUACGAAGAAAGCGACGAGGACUAUUAUUGAUUUGGUGCGCUCAAAAGCUAAAAUAUCGAUAUCUGAGAAACCUAAUGGUAUCGUUCUUGUCCUCGAAAUACCUUGAGACGAAUCUAGAAGGAUUUUGUUGUAGAACGGCAUGGCAAAAGGAAAGUGUUCGUUGCUUUGUGAAUCAUGCAAAGACAACAGCAACAACACAAGUCCUUGCAAAAGCAUCUUUCGUUCCCUCUGCUCUCAUGCUGUCGUUGUGGUGUGAAGCAAAAAGGAACGCGGCAAAUCCGUGUUUGCCGUCAUAAUCUUCUGCGUACUAUUGCGAAGCUGUUGCUUGCAAUUUUCAAAUCCCAGACGGUACAAGCACAUCUUAGUUUAACGAGUUUAGAUGCAUUUUGGAUUCGCACCCAAAUUUUUGGAUACAUUUGACAAAUAGAACCGUAGUCUUAAC